CUUCAAGUCUCCCCAUUGUUGGGGGCAAGGCCUCAAGGACUCAGACCUUCCACUCUGCAGGCUGCCCAUCUCCUAUAGCAGCUGGGGCAUCCCUAGCCAAAGUCUUGGGCUGAGAGGAGGAGGCCAAGACGCAAAGGAGCCCAGCAGCAUCAGAACAGGAGCAGCUUGCAUGACGCAGAGCUGCCAUCCACCCUCGCCUGUCCUGAGGCCUGGCAGCCAGAGGACCUACCUGGUGCCAGUUUGAACACCGGCAUGAGUUGGUGAUGACUUCCCCAGCAUGACUUCCUUGAUCAUGGAACAGAGGACAGAGGUGCACUGUCUGAUACGGCUCCAGGCCCUAAAAAGAGCUGAAUACUGCUGCACACUUGUAAUCCAGCCUUGAGCUACAUGAAGAAUGUGAGGCCAGCCUUGGCUACAUGGGACUUCAUCUCAAAAGAAAAAAAUAAUUGGGGGGUGGGGCCUUGAGACAGGGUCUCAACUAUGUAGCUCUGACUGUCGUGAAACUCAGUAUGUGGACAAGGCUGGCCUCAAACUCACAGAAAUCCUCCUGUUUUGCCUCCCCAUUGCUGGAAUUUAUUUACCAUGUCCAGGGUUUAUUUACCAUGUCCAGCUGAGGGGGAAGGGGUGGGGGAUGAAGCCAGCUGAAAUAAUUCUGGGUAGAGGGGCCUAACACUAGACCUGACCACCUUAAUUCCCUCCCAGGAGUCACACGGUGGAAGGCGAUGACCACUUCCCUGUGACGUCCACACACUGGGCAUGAUAGGCAAAUGUCCACACACAGAUAAUAAAUGUAAUUGUAAACAAUUGUAAGGUCACCCUGGGAAGCUAUGCACGCCUGUGCGUGCUGACAUUUGUACAGCUUGGAUUACGAUUCAACCAUCCUUGAAGGAAUAUUGGACGCGGGCGCGCACACACACACACACGAUGCAGCGGCUUUGUGGCCAGGGCCUGUCCUUACCGAGGGCUGCUGUCCAUAUACCUGGCCUGCUUCGGAGUAGCCAGCUCCCCCCCCCAACACACCCCGGUCUUGAUCCGGGGGACUCUGGCUGCUGGACCUCCAAGCCUCGGCUGCUCCCACCCACAUCCUUAGCGUGAACCUUCAAGUUUCCUGUCUGCCAGAUCCCUGGCCGGAACGUCACAGAAGCCGCAGCAUCACAGGCGCCAGCGCCCCCAUCACCUGCAGCGUGCCUCCACCCGGCUAGCCAAAGAGCGCACUGGAGGCGGAGGGGCAGCAGCCACCAGCCCGCUCCCCGCCUCCGGGACAGAGCCUCCGUCAGCAUGGGGGUGACAGAUGUCAGUGCAUUCCCCUGCUGUGGCAAGAGUUCAGUGGACAUUGUGGAAAGAACGAAUGACUACUACCACACCCAUGGAAAAGCAGAGGAGGAAGAACCAGAGCUGGAAGCAGAAUUGCCAAAGCAGGACCCCCUACCCAAAGCGCACCCAGACCCAGACCUAGGCCCGGUACCACAGCUGGAGGAGAUGGAGCCAGCGGUAUCCUCUGCACCUACGUCUAAGGCCAAAGGGGACUGCGUCACUGAAAGCCCAGAGCAGCAGAACUACAGGCUCGAACCCCUCAAGUCCUAUGAGAAAGAUCGGAAAGAGUGGUCACCCACAAACAGGACCUGGACCCUUAGUACAAACUCAAGCAAAAGGGAGGAAGGGCAGGUGUCGGACGAGUUUCGUUCCAUCCGUGUGCAGACCUCCAAGCACCUUUUCUGGUCAAACAAGCUCAUCCAGGCCUCAGAGCACAGCCUACAGCGCGCCUUAGAAAAACACAAAAGCUCCCGGGAAAAGAAGUCUGUGACCAUAUCCCAGGCCCUCACAGACAGCGCCCCCCGGCCAGCAAGCCCCCACAUGUCUUAUACCAGCCUGCCCACAGCCAUGGGCCUGGCAGAUCUGAUCAAUUUUGCGUCUUCCCUGGCUGUGGCCUCCUCCAGCAACGUGGAGACACCCAACCUAGAGAAUAUGAUCAAAGUUACCUCUGAGAAGUCUCAGAAUACCUCUCUAGAGCUUUGCCAGCCUGUCCAGGCCAUCGAGUUUGCCCAGGCUACCCAGAUCAGCCAGAUAUCCUCGGAGAAACCAAAUAAAUCACCCAAAGACACAAGUCACAACUCUUGGACUCAGGAGACCAGGAAUGUCUCUUACCUAGAUAUUAGCAAGAAUGGGCUCAAGAAGGCUACCAUCCAAGGGGAAGUGAAGUUUGUCCAGGCAUCAAGCACAUCCCCUCCGUUUCAGGGAGCCAAAGAAGACUCGAUGCCAAGAACCAAGAAAGGGAAUCCAUUAUUGCUGAAAAUCCAUUUUAAGCUGUCAUCCCCCCACCCUCAGAGAAAUAACUAGACAAAAACAUUAAAGCCUCCAGUGCUGGCCCCGGU